AUGAGAAUUGUAAUAGCAUGUAAGCCGUAUUUUUCACUACCAAAAUUUCAAUCAAUUAGACUAUUGCAAAGAGUUGCUAAUACAAAUCUGAUUUACACCCGGAAAUGUGAUCAAAAUGCAAUAAAAUCAGGUGUUACAGCCUCUCCGAGAAGUUGGUUUUCGGACGCACACAAACUGUUUGAUGGAUUGCCUCAAUGGGAUGUGGUAUCGCUCACAACUUUGAUCAGCCGGUUAGCCCAACAAAAUAGAUGCAAUGAAGCAUUCUAUGUCUUAUACAGAAUGCUUGAGCUGGAAAUUAGACCCAAUGAAUACACAUUAGCAGCCUUGGUUCAUGCGUCCACGGCUUUGAAGGAUCUAAAGUUGGGGAAGCAACUCCAUGCUUACGCGAUCAAGACUAGUUACGGGUCACACGUGUUUGUAGGUAGUGCGAUUUUAGAUCAUCAUGCCAAGUUAAACACAAUUGAGGAAGCACAAAUGGUGUUUGAUGAUACCUGUGACCCAAACGUGGUUUCUUACACAGCUUUGGUAUGUGCGUAUGUCAAGAAAGAAAGGUUUGAUGAUGCUUUAACGAUCUUUAGAACUAUGCCGGAAAAAAAUGUUAUAACUUGGAACGCAAUGAUCGGCGGGUACAGCCAAAAAGGGCAUAACGAGGAGGCUGUGAAUCUUUUCAUUGAAAUGUUAAGAGAAAACGUAGUACCUACACAAAACACUUUCCCAUGUGUCUUUUCUUCGGCUGGAAACAUUGCAGCCCUUAAAAUGGGAAAGAGUUUCCAUGCCUCAGCGGUGAAACAUUUGGGAAAAAUCAGUGUAUUUGUUGGGAAUUCAUUAAUUAGCUUCUACUCAAAAUGUGGCAGCAUGGAAGAUAGUUUACUAGCUUUCAACAAACUUCAUGAUAAAAAUAUAGUUUCUUGGAACGCUUUAAUUAACGGGUAUGCUCAACACGGGAGAACCAAAGAAGCCAUUGGAUUUUAUAACGAUAUGCGAGAAAAAGGUGUCGAGCCUAACUCGGUUACCCUUCUUGGCGUGUUAUUUGCUUGUAACCAUGCGGGUUUUGUAGACGAUGGUUAUGCAUACUUCAAUGAGGCUAGACUCAAGAACCCUAGUUUAUUGCAGCCAGCACAUUACGCCUGUAUGGUUGAUUUGCUGGCUCGGUCAGGUAGAUUCUUGGAAGCUGAGAGGUUUAUUCAAGAUUUACCAUUUGAUCCGGGGAUUGGGUUUUGGAAGGCUUUGCUUGGUGGAUGCCAGAUUCACUUGAAUACAGAGUUGGGCGAGUUUGCAGCUAAAAAGAUUUUGGAUUUGGACCCAGGUGAUGUAUCCUCUUAUGUGAUGGUGUCAAAUGCUCAUUCGGUUGCAGGAAGGUGGCAGAGUGUUUCGAGUGUAAGGCAUGAGAUGAAGAUGAAGAAGAUGAAACAGAUUCCAGGGUGUAGUUGGAUUGAAGUUGGAUGUGAGAUUGGUGUGUUUGUUACUGCAGAUAGGAGAUCGAGACAGACAGAUGAAAUUCGUGCAGUUUUGAGGUAUUUUUAUGAUCAUGUAGCAGAAUGUGCUCCAAGGUCAAACUUGCUAGCAUGAUUUGAUUGAACUACAACUGUAGAAACUGGCAAGAGGUUGAAACUGAUAUACGUUUGCUAAUGAAUGGGUUAGUUUGGGUUCUGGUUCAUCUCAAACAUCAGAAUCAAGGGAAUAGGCGAAAUGGGUCAAAUUGCUUUCAAUGUUAAAGAUGCUCAAAAUGUAACUUAAUGCAUACAAUGUCAUUUAUGGUCUUUUUAAAAUAUUUGGAUGAUCUCUUUGAUAAGAGACUGUUUGUAAUCAGGCAAGCGGGUAAAAGGGGUUGGGGGCCAAUCCAACCCGGCCAACUUGCCACCUCUAACAAGCGUUUCAUCUUAUCUGGACGUAUAUUGUCCUCAAA